UUUGCAGAUUUUUAAACAACUGUAAAUGGUUUCAUUGGUUUUUCGUGUUGUCUGUGGACUAAUUUAGCAUUUAUGUUUGUUCUAUCACUAACAUUGUAAAUUUGAGUGAACCUAUUCAGACGGUUUCGUGAUUCAUUCAGUUGAAUUUUUGUGUUUGUUUGUCAUUUCCAUCCAGAGUCAGUGGUGAAUAUCAGAUUAUGUUAACUGUUCAGCUUCACCAUGGAUGAUGACACACAAACUUUCAGAGAUUCAUUUUUUUUCUCCAGGAAGCAGUGUUUAUCACAGGAGACCAGAACCAGAGCCCAGCUGUGUGUCAAUGAGGAGUGACGUGUCUAUGGAUCGGCCAGUGCAUUUUAAGAGUGGAGAUGCACAGAUUGAUCUCAGUUCAUUUCAUCAGAAGAGAUCAGAGCCAGAGCCCAGCUGUGUCUCUAUGAUGGGUGACGGGUCUAUGAAUCAGCUAUUAGGUUAUAGGAGUGGAGAUACACAGACUGAUCUCAGCCAUGAAGUCCUCACAAUUUUUAGGUCAAAUCUGAUGAAGAAGUUUGAGCGUCUGUAUGAGGGAACAGAAAAGCAGGGAAACCCUACACUCCUGAAUAAGAUUUACACAGAUCUCUACAUCACAGAGAGUGAGAGUGGAGCGAUCAGUAAUGAACAUGAGGUGAGACAGAUCGAGACACAAUCCAGAAGACCAGUAAAAAAGGACACACCAAUCAAAUGCAAUGACAUCUUUAGACCUUUACCUGGACAAGACAAACCCAUCACAACUGUGCUGACGAAGGGAGUCGCUGGCAUUGGAAAAACAGUCUCUGUGCAGAAGUUCAUCCUGGACUGGGCUGAAGAGAAAGAGAACCAGGACGUCCAGCUCAUGUUUCCACUUCCUUUCAGAGAGAUCAAUCUGAUGAAGGACAAAACACUCAGUCUUUUAGAUCUUCUUCAUGUCUUAUUCCCUGAAACAAAAGAUAUAGAAAUAUCCAGUGAUAAAUAUAAAGUGUUGUUCAUCUUAGAUGGUCUGGACGAGUGUCGUCUGUCUCUGGAUUUUCAGAGCAAUGUGAGGUUGUGUGAUGUAAGUGAAUCAGCCUCAGUGGACGUGCUGCUGAUGAACCUCAUUGUGGGGAAUCUGCUUCCCUCUGCUCUCAUCUGGAUCACCUCCAGACCAGCAGCAGCGGAUCUCGUCCCCUCUGAGUGUGUCCAUCGAGUGACAGAGGUACGAGGAUUCAAUGAUCCACAGAAGGAUGAAUACUUCAGGAAGAGAAUCAGUGAUCAGAAUCUGGCCAAUACAAUCAUCACACACCUGAAGUCCUCAAGAAACCUCUACAUCAUAUGCCACAUCCCAGUGUUCUGCUGGAUCUCAGCCACUGUAUUAGAGAAGAUGUUGAGCGAAGCAGAAAGUGGAGAGAUUCCCAAGACUCUCACUCAGAUGUACACACACUUCCUAAUCCUUCAGACCAACAUCACACAUGAGAAGGACUAUGAGAAGAAUGCGACAGAUAGAGACACAAUCCUCAAACUGGGAAAAGUGGCUUUUCAGCAGCUUGUGAAAGGCAAUGUGAUCUUCUAUGAGGAAGACCUGAGAGAGUGUGGCCUUGAUGUGACAGAAGCAUCAGUGUACUCAGGAUUGUGCUCUCAGAUCUUCAGAGACGAGUCUGGCUUGGAUCAGGGGAAAGUCUUUUGCUUUAUUCAUCUGAGUAUUCAGGAACAUCUAGCAGCUCUAUAUGUGCACCUCUGCUUCACAAACAACAACAUCAAUGUGUUUGACACAAUCAUUCAACAGAGCUUGUGGUCCAAAGUUAAUGACUGGUUUCAGUGCAUGUUUAAACAUGUUUCAUUAUCUGAGCUGCAUCAGAGAGCUGUGAACGAGGCUCUACAGAGUAAAAAUGGACAUCUGGACAUUUUCUUGCGGUUUCUUCUGGGUCUGUCAUUGGAGUCUCAUCAGGUUCUUCUGCAAGGACUAAUGAAACAGACAAGCAGAUCUGAUAGCAAAACUGACAAGAAGAAAACGGUUAACUACAUCAAGAAGAAGAUCAGGACCAUUGACUCUCCAGAGAAAUCCAUCAAUCUGUUCCACUGUCUGAAUGAACUGGGUGAUCGGUCACUAGUGGAGGAAAUACAGUAUCUAGUAAGUAUAUAAGUAUUUGUAUCUGAU